CCAACAUUUCCGAGUACGACUGGCUCGCUAUCAACACGUAUGAUAUGUGGAAUGAGAUGAAUAUAAUCGUCGGAAGUGUUCAAGAAUACUGUACCAAGCUCCUGUGUCCGACAAUGAACGCCGGGGACUUCGAGUAUGCCUGGGCCGAUGAUGAAGCCGUAA